AUGAAGUCAGUCUGCGCUCCUAGAGGGAUUAUCCGCUCGGGGUCGUUCUUUGGCCUAUAUAUAGGGGACGACCGCCGGUCUUCCCUUCUCCAAGCUCCUGGCUUACUGUUGUACUGUGCUAUCUUUCAUCGAUGUCCACUCCUCAACCUGCUACUCUCUCCGGCUAGCGAGGCAUUCUUCUCGCCUCAGCAGUUCCUCAUCCAAAUUGGCGACCAACGUCUCCAAAUUGACGACAACGCUGAAACGUUCCGUCUCUUUCGUUCUUCCCCUUAUCUUCGACAGUGCUGGAAUUUCAUCGUCGACCACCUCAAUCGUUUCCUCGGCCAAUUCAGGUUCGAGGAGGCGUUUAUAUAUUCCCCUGAGUGGGACUUCUUAUCUUUCGCCACUUAUAACGACUUGUGUAUCUUACAGAGGUUGCCCGGCGGUCAUUCGCUGAUGGCAGUGAGGGCCUACACCAUGGCCUUCAUGACUGUCUAUCAAGGCAAUGACGGUCCCCCUGGUCAUCCUCGCUACCCUCUUACUGCGCCUUACUCCUGGCGGGCCUGGGCUGAACCAGUCCACCGAAAUAUGGGCAUUCGUCGAAUGAUGAACAUCGUCUUCACCGACCCCCAGAUGGCUAUCUUAAGGUUGACCCGUCCAAUCGUUCCUUCGACGGACGCUGAGAUGCCGUUCCUCAUUCCUCGUCGCCUUCGUGACAACACUUUACGGGGAUGGCGACUCAUUUCUCCUCCAGCGUUGCCUAUGGAUUGGGCCACUUGGAGGGCAGAUCCUCACUAUCAACACUGGCACAUCUAUAUCGAUGUGGCCGUUUCUUUUGAAGAGGCCUUGGCCAAGUACAGGCGGGAGCGAGCUGCAUGGCUCGCUGACCACACUUCGCCUCCUCCUGGUACCCCUGUUAUUCGUCAUCCUCACCCUCAACUUCCUCGUCUUACUGUUCGUCCUCGCAAUUUUCCGCCUGGCGUUGUUCUACCGCCCACUGCUCUCCUUCGAGGAGAGGGACGCGACUCUGCACCUGCUUCACUCUCGCCCUCUGGUACUUCGAGUCUGGAACGUCAAGUCUUUGGUACCAGCGCGUCGGUCUCCCAGGCGGCUCCUGCUUCUUCGGUGCCUCCUGUGUCUACUCUGGACGAUCGUCGUUCCGCGUCGUCCUCUGUAGUCGCGUCGGGUACGGGUCUUGACGACGGGGACGCUGUCGACGAACUCGACCCUUCGCCUAGCGGCGAAGACGUGCAUCAAGAGGCUCCUCGAACCCCUCGUCGAUCUCGCUCCCUUCAGGUGUCUCCUAAGACGCCCAAGACGCCCGGCAUCCCUCCUAUCCCUGCGACUCCUUCCUCUGCGAGGAAAAUCGUUCCUAUUCCUGGUCAACCCGCCGUCUACGGUCCUUCCUCUUUCCCUCGUGCUCCCAAAGGUCCUCAAGCAAAGCUUUUCCAUCCCCCUUCCGUUGGUUUCAACCCGAUCGUCCGCCGGGAUGGCGUUGACGAUCCUACGGGUUUCCUGUCCCAAGGGAGGGACACCACUCCUCUCGAGCUUCAGUUCUCACAGAGGACUGGCGUCUCCAUUCAACACCUGAGCCGGGAGGAACGCCAGGCACACUACUUGCGUCCACCAGUCCCUCCUAAGGGCUCCCCUUCCUCUUCGUCUUCCUCUUCUUCGUCUAACUCUGAAGGAGGCUCGUCGGAUGCUAGAGACGAUUCGUCUCGCUCCUCGAGCAACCCUUUCGUCGGGUCCCUUCGUCGCAACAUGCCUACUGCGCAACGUCAGACUACCGACCUCCGCAACAUCCUCUACCAGAACCUCACAGGUAUCAUGGGUUCCCGGCGGUUGUUGUCCGACCACGCCUUGGUUGUGGGCCCUUGCGCUAGGUGUGCCUUCUUAGGCAUCCCUAGGUGUGAGUACCGUGGUCCUGGUCUUAGCUGCGGCAACUGCGGUCGAGCGGACAAGCCAUGUCCGUUUUCGUUGAACAUCGACGCUCGUCGCGGCCUUCGCAACCAGCUGGCGGGUGCAGCUGAGGGAUCUUCUCAUUACAUUGACACUGUCGUGCGCGACAUCUUGCACCAGUCUAACGUGGUGCGAGAUUCGCUCAAUCAGUACCUCACCCACUCCCUCCACCUUUACGAGCUUCACGCUCGUCUCCUCUCGGCCAUUUAUCGUUUGGAAACGUCUGAGGGACCCGAGGCCAUCGUCGUCGAGUUUUUCAACAACGACUUCGAUGCGUACCUCGAGUUUCGCUCGAUGUUUACCUUCGAUAAUUUCCUCGUGGGUGCCGACGGUAGCACCGUCAACAAGGCCGAGCUUGUCCAGCGUAUGGACGAGCUCUUCACCCGUUCGCGUCGGGCCUCCGGCGUACCCAUCCCUGACGACGAACUCCUUCCUACCGUCGCCAACCCUCCUCACGCUCCUUACGUCUUUGGUUCGUUCAUUGCGCAGGAGUUCCCGAUGGCCAAGGACGGCCGUCUCUGGUCCCCGUCGCAACUCGAUCGUCCUAUCGACGACGAGUUCGACGAUUUCCUCGAUCAAGACGCGUCCUCUCUUCCCGCAUUCGACCCUCUUGUCGACCCGGCGGACGUCUACGACGAUCGUACUGGCGUAUCUCCCAGUGCUGACGUUAUCAUUGGGGACUCUCUUGGUCUCUUUUCCUCAGAGGAGUCUCCAGAGUGGCCAGGCAUCGAGGGUUCGGCGAUGAACGUCGACGAGAGGUCUAGCUCGGCCCUCUCCUCUGCUCGUUCUGGUGGUGGCGCCUCGUCCUCGAACUCAAGCGACGAGGGAGACCUUUCUGACUCCCCCGAAUACUAA